GGUGAUGAACUGCAACUCUGUGUGCUGUUGCUUCUGCGUAGCUGUGCUCAAUGACCUACCAAUGAAACACCUCCGCUCAUCCCCUCAAUAGAAUUUUUACAUUUAUGCUCAGUGUCAUAAGAAUGUCAACAACCCUGCCUGUAGUUCUCUUAUCUUAUGGUUUUAAUAGUCAACUUUUUUUUAAAUAUAGUUUCAGUAUAUGUACUUAUAUCUGCCAUCCAACUCACAAUUGAAACAUUUCAUUUAAAGCUUGGGAAUGAGGGAUGCACUAUGCUUUAGUUAUUGACCUUAAAUAAGUUCUAAGGCUGUUUGACUCUUGUUGAUACAGUCAUCCUGGAGUUUAGUAAAUGGAAUGUAUGGAGACAGUAAAGCCCAUAUAUGGGCUGUAGUAGAGGUCUUCUCGGAUCCCAAAAUUGAAAUCCGAUCUCAGUCGAAUCUGUGAUGUUCCCAUCUGAUUCAGACAGGACCCAAAAUGUUAGGGAAGAAGGAAAAAACAUUUCUACAUCCAGUCGGAGAUGUAUUAAUUUGUAAGAUAUAAUUGGUUGAGGCAUUUCCCUGCAAGCCAGAAAAAUAGUUUUGUCUUGUCUGGCAGUUAACAAUAUCAUAACCAAUGUAGCCAGUCUUGACUAAUACUCUUUUUGUUCCACAGCUCAGCAAUUACGUAAUGGCACCUUUCAUUUUAAAUGACCAUUUUAAAGGGCGUGUGGUGAACUAACUAGACGAGUCUCCCUCCAGAAUGUUCUCUUUUGGCAAUUAUAUAACUUUCAUAUAUUUUCUUGGCUUGAGGAUACAUAGAUGUAGCAACCCUGACAGAAUGUAAUCGUGGUGAUUUUUGGGGUGAUUUAACCCUCAACGAUGCUAUGCUUAUCAAACAUGUUUCCGACUACUGCAUAUUAGAACAGAUCUUCCCAGUUAAAAACACACUGCUCUCCUCCACUGGCCUGACCAGGCUUUGUGGUAUGAAAGAAGUGGAGACAUCAAAACAGGCUACAUUUUGCACUGAAGUCAUUUAGCAGAGGUUCCUACCCAGAACACCCUAGCAAUGAGUGCGUACAGUCACUCCUUUUCAUAGUGGCCCUUGAUGCAUGAAACACAAUUAUAGCUGUGUCUUUCCCAAGCUCAGUGGGACAUUAAGAAACGUUUGAGUUUGCUAUAGGAAAGUUUGAGUUUUCGGUCCUGUCUGUAUUUCACGAUUUCAUACAGAUCAGAGAUCCGUGGCAGCCGCGUGUAAUCUGACCCCGACAUCCAAGGGUCAAUUACACCGUGUCAUCCCACCCAGUAUCUGACCCAGUCAGUUACCGGGUUGGAUGGGAUCUCCGGUCAUCUGGUUCGGGUAUAUCCGUGAAGACCUCUAGGCCAGGGCUUAGAGCGAGGGAUCGGACGCCGGCGACUUAAGCCGCAGAUGAACAGAUUCUGCAACAACGUGAUAAACAUGGUAGUCGUUAGUCACUGUAUCCAGCCCCGCUCGUGCAGAGUGCAGCUGGGCUGUCAGGUUGUGUGUGUCCAUAAGUGUCUUGCUUUCCCUGUCACAGGUGGCAGGUGUUUGAAUGGUUUUGAAGGGAGGGAGCGCCGCGCUGACAUAGAGCAGCCGGUGCAGAACGCUGGCUGGGGGCACCAGUGCCACCGCUGCUGCCACACUGCAGGGCAGCCUGGCGCCUGCCUGACCGCAAGGUCUCCUGUGUUCCUUUGGGAUAUGGAUAAAUAUUCCCUGAUCCGGAAGCUCGAGGGUCACCAUAACGAUGUGGUGUCUUGUGAGUUUUCUCCCGAUGGAGCCUUGCUCGCCACUGCGUCCUAUGACACACGCGUUAUAGUCUGGGAUCCCUACAUGGGCACUAUGCUACUGGAGCUGGCGCACCUCUUCCCUCCUCCCUCCCCUAUCUUUGCAGGAGGGGCCAACGACCGGUGGGUACGCUCUGUGGCGUUCUGUCAUGACGGGAGACACAUUGCCAGCAUAACUGACGACAGAAUGGUACGUUUCUGGAGUAUUGAGGAAAAGUCCCCUCAGGCCAUCGCCCCCAUCACUAAUGGCCUCUGCUGUGCAUUCUCGACUGACGGGAGUGUCCUAGCAGCUGGGUCUCGCGAUGGCAGUGUCCAUUUCUGGGCGUCCCCUAACAGCAUUGCCAGUCUCCAGCACCUGUGUCGCAUGGCACUGCGACGGGUCAUGCCCACACAGCAGGUGCAGGCGCUGCCCAUCCCGUCGCUCAUACGCUCCUACCUGUCCUACCAGAUCCUUUAGGCCUCCAUCUUUACCCUCACUACCCAACCCAUUGCACAGAAUGAUCAUCUUUAUAGAAACGGCACCAAGGAAGAAGAAGAACCCGAUUCAUCUGAUUCUGUGGAAAGGCGACGUCUUUUUGUAUUUAUUUCUGUCGGUUGGUUACGUGCAUGUGUGUGCGCCAGGUAUUAAGAGCCCUGUCUGUCAACACCUAAAAACAGCCUUACUACUGUAGUGUCAAUUCUAUGCUGUUCGGAAUGGCGACUUCCUCUAAUAGAGACUUGUCGCUGUUGAUAAAUGGCGCUGUGGCGAUGACGUCAACACUGAUGUACCAUUUCCCCACCUUCUGACUUGAAUGGCUUGUUUCUCCACACUACAUUAAAAAAAAAACGAUCUUGAGGACCUCACAGCAACUUCGAGGCAGUGGGAUCAGAACGACAACAUGAUAUGACUGAGUGCUGAAGGGUACCCCUUUGAUCCGUCUCUCGGAGAUGGGUUAGUGUUCUGCUACCCUGGAUGUUCCCCAGGUGUUGUUCUCUCACUGCCCUGGCUCGCACUUUUCUUUCUACACAUGCUGCCUCACACUGCGGAGGGUUUAGAGAGCCUUUUCUUUCCAAACCAGUAGUUGUCUCUGGUCUAACCGGUUUUGUUAUCAUUUGUAUAUUUUUGACCAUACAAACUGUGUGUGUGUGUGUGUGUGUGUGUAUAUUUAUAUAAAUACUUAUAAAUAUACCAGUAUUUACAGUUAAUUUAGAAUCUAGGUUUUUUUGUUUGUUGUUUUUAUACUUCUGUUCAUUUUUUAUUGUUAUGUGGUUGUACUUUUUUCUGUGCAUAUUUUUCCUUGUGUAAUGUGAACCUGAAUGAAUGUCACAAAAUGUCUUAUUUUAUAGAGACCAGGAUUUAAUCCAGUGUUUCCCCUGGGAUGUCUUCGUUUAGUUUUUUGCUGUGGUUGCAAAGUUGGGUGGAGAGUUUCUGAUUCUCCCUGAAUUUAUUUCAUUUUUUGUUCUCAAAUAUUUUUUUUUCUAAAUGCAAUACAUUGCUCUAUUUACAUUUCUGUAUAAUUUCUGUUUACACUGAAAGCGUUUAACCAUCCCAAUUUGUUUUAAGAUUUUUAUACAUUUUUGAGUGGAGGUAACCAUUUAAGUCACUUUAGGGGAAACACUGUAGACUCUGUUCUAUAUAGAAGUUGUCAGACAAAGCCUGUGAAUGUUCGUGUGCCCUAGCCUAAGAAGAUAGAAAACAAAGAAACCAGUUGCCAUUUGUAUUAAAGACUGUCUCAAGCCCACAACCCACUUCUCAUCUGUGUAAUGCUGCACAAGACUAUAGUGGAGUUUCCGAGUGUAUGAAGUAACCUAUAGUUACCAUCGGUAUCAUGAAAGGGGGAAAUUGAAAAGUAUUUAUGGUCUACCUACUGUUUACCAGUUCAGAUUGUUACCGGUUCAGAUUGUUAUUCUAAACGGUAAACCUGCGGUCAGUCAAUCUUGGCAAUACUUUUUCUUUGUCUAAAUUCAAUGCUAAUGCCAAAGGUCUCUGCCUCUGUCAUUUUUCUGUCUAGCCUUUUUUUGGUAGGCAGUCACUUCUCAUGAUAAAAACUUGAAACUCGUGCAUCUGUGAUUUCUAUUUAAUUUCUUCUGCUUUUAUUUCUCCUUUAAGUAAAGAUGUUGUCUUCGAUAAGCAGUUCGGUUGAUGUGUUUAGUAAAGCUGCUUUAUCUAAAGCAGGUGGAUGAAUCCAGUUGCCGGCAUCUCACACCGUCCCACAGGUGUGUUCCCACUGGGAUUGAAAGGGGAUUGGAUGUUCUCCAAACAUUGCAAUGUAAAGCACUCUAAUCAAUGCAGUAUGCAGCAGUUAAAUGUUGAAUAUGUUGCAUUUGAAUGGGUGUAUUGUUUUAUCUUUCUGGUCUGUUCUGUCAUUUUUGGAUUUAUAGAUUUAAUAAAGGCUUUUUGAAAA